ACCUAAUAAAUAUCUAGACGAAUAUAGACGUCUCUCCUUCCCUCUCGUGUGCCCUUUGCGUCUCCAUCUCUCCAUCUCUCUCAUCCUCCUAAGAACCAGUCAAAAUUGAUUGUAACCUCCUCGUCCUUCUCUCUUUGACUCCCCUUUGAAAUUCUAGUCAUCGAUUUAGGGCUUCCGAGCUUUUCUCGCCACUUCCCCCCUUCUUCUUUCGGUUUCCUUUUCCGUCUCCAGUUUUCGAAAUUUGAAUCCCCUUUCCUAAUUAGAUUUCGAAAUCAUCAUGAUCUCUGCUUUGAUCGGAUCUUAAAAGAUAUAUAUAUAUAUAAUAAUUAUCUAGCUAUAUAGAUAUAUUUUGUGGUUGGAUCGGCUUAGGGUUUACCAUCAUGGUGGGAACUCAAGCUCUUAAAAGCUAUGGAAUCACGAAGCCGCUUUCUGUUUCUGGUCCUUCCGCGGCUGAUUUGAAGCGUAAUUUGGAGCUGGAGAAGUUUCUGGUUGAUGAGGGGCUGUACGAGAGCAAGGAGGAAACCAUGCGGCGAGAGGAAGUUCUUGGACGCAUUGACCAGAUUGUAAAAGACUGGGUGAAAGAGUUGACUCAUCAGAGGGGAUAUUCAGAUCAGAUGACGGAGGACGCUAACGCUCUCAUUUUCACUUUUGGAUCUUACCGCCUUGGAGUGCACGGACCUGGGGCUGAUAUUGAUACUUUAUGUGUUGGCCCAUCUUAUGUCAACCGAGAGGAGGAUUUCUUCAUCAUCUUGCGUGAUAUAUUGGCUGAGAUGGAAGAGGUGACUGACCUUCAACCUGUUACCGAUGCCCAUGUCCCUGUCAUGAAAUUUAAGUUCCAAGGAAUAUCGAUUGAUCUUCUCUAUGCUAGCAUAUCACUUCUUGUUGUGCCACAGGAUCUGGAUAUCUCAAACUCUUCUGUGCUUUCUGAUGUUGAUGAGCAAACUGUCCGCAGUCUCAAUGGUUGUAGGGUUGCUGAUCAAAUUCUUAAACUCGUUCCAAAUUUUGAGCACUUCCGGACAACAUUAAGAUGCAUGAAGUACUGGGCUAAGAGGCGUGGGGUCUAUUCAAAUGUUACUGGAUUUCUUGGUGGCGUAAACUGGGCGCUUCUGGUUGCACGCCUGUGCCAGCUUUAUCCAAAUGCUAUUCCCAGUAUGUUGGUUUCUCGAUUCUUUAGAGUGUAUACACAAUGGCGUUGGCCGAAUCCAGUCAUGCUUUGUGCAAUAGAAGAGGAUGAGCUUGGGAUUCCUGUCUGGGAUCCACGAAAGUAUCACCGUGACCGCUAUCAUCUUAUGCCAAUAAUAACUCCUGCUUACCCAUGCAUGAAUUCUAGUUACAAUGUCUCCCAGAGCACUCUUCGUGUUAUGAUGGAGCAAUUCCAGUAUGGUAACAAGAUCUGUCAGGAUAUUGAGUUAAACAAACAACACUGGAGUUCCUUAUUUGAGCAAUAUAUGUUCUUCGAGGCAUAUAAAAAUUACCUUCAGGUUGAUGUACUAGCAGCAGAUGCAGAAGAUUUAUUGGCUUGGAAGGGUUGGGUGGAGUCAAGGUUCCGGCAGCUGACCUUGAAGAUAGAACGAGACACAAAUGGGAUGUUAAUGUGCCAUCCUCAACCAAAUGAGUAUGUGGACACUUCCAAGCAGUUUCGGCAUUGUGCUUUUUUCAUGGGCUUGCAAAGGGCAGAAGGAUUUGGUGGCCAAGAGUGUCAACAGUUUGAUAUACGUGGAACCGUGGAUGAGUUCAGGCAAGACGUAAACAUGUAUAUGUUUUGGAGACCUGGGAUGGACGUAUUUGUUUCUCAUGUUCGUAGACGGCAGCUCCCACCUUUUGUUUUCCCAAACGGAUAUAAAAGGUUUCGGCAAUCCAAGCCCCAGAAUCAACAAGGCGGAGAACCUGGUGAGCCGGUUGAAUCUUUAUCCGCCAAUGUUGAGAGACAUGCCAAGAGAAAAAACGACAAUGAAUUGAUGGAUACAAGACCAGAGAAACCUGAGAAGCGUGCAUCUGUUAGUCCACCUAGUGUAGAUGUAGUUUCUCCUGAAUGUAGUGCUAUCACAACUGGUGGGACUCCCCCAAUUGGCAUUGUUUCAGGUCCUAGAGCCGAAUGCUUAGUAAUUAGUGAUAUUGGUUGCUCCAUCCCUAAUGUGGAAGUUGAGGCUGAAAAAUUGAUCAAUAACAGCACUGAAAUUAUAAAUGUUUCUCAAAAUGAGCAUAACUCUGGUAGCAAGCAAAACGUGGAAGUGGAUAAUAGGUCUCUAGUUCAAGGCUGCCGUGAUCCUAGUGUUGUGGUAACAUGUGAAGGUGGGCAGAAUAAAGAAAAAGGUCGUGUUGUGGGCUCUGAAUCCAUCAAUGACACUGACAAGCAACGUCUUCCAAGGAGACCAAAUCUGAAAGAGGAUGUUGAUAGAGUUGAGAGGGAAUCCAUGUUAGGAGAAAUUGCUGAUGGUGUUUUGCAGAAUGGAUUAUGUGGGCGGAACCUUGAUCAUGAGGGUUUUUUGGCUGCUGCAAGUUUGGAUUCAUCUGGGGAACAUAGAAACUUGCAUUCAGAUGGAUUGUUGAAAAGUGGUUUGUCAGAAGAACUUCAGAGAAAUAAUUUACUCAUGGGGAUGGGGAGGCCGGAAGACGGAGCUAGGUCAGAAUCUUUGCAGAAUUCACUGAUGAGGCAUGUACUUUUGCAACCCAUUGUUAAUUUAUGCAAAUCAUGAUCUCUUUAUGCUCUUGUGUUUUGGUGUUUUCUUGCUACUUUUUUGUAGCAGCAACAGGUUGGGCUUGAAGUCGAUAGUGUGAGAGUCUCAGCAAUCGUAAUGAGAGCCUGCAAAUAAAGAAAAGGAUAAAGACCAAAAAACAAAAAAAAUAAAUAAGAAGAAUCAGAGCAACUAACUGUUGCUUUGGUGGAUUGGACUACAGCUUCCAGAAUUCGACACUCAUUGGUAAGCACAACUAAAUUUGAAAAAAAGAAAAGCUUAAAAAGGAGGAAAAAAUGAUUUAAAAAAAUCCAAAAAGAUGGAAGGAUAAAAAAAGGAAAAAAAAAAAAGAGAACUUUCAAAUGAUUUUGUUUGUUUGGUGGGAUAUGGGCGAGUAUCCAAACACUGGGGUGAGCGAGCUUGAAUAACUGUGUUUGGGACGUAAAGGCCAUGCCUUGUUCAGUGCUCCAGAAGGAGGUGUGAAGCUUGGUGCUGGUCCAUUGCUUUUUGUCUGAGAAUUGCAAAUUGCAGAGAAGAGAAUCAGUGAGGUCGCCAUGAAAGAAGGCAAG